AUUUUUGUAUGUAUAAUUAAUUAAUUAUAAGUAUUAAUGUGACAAUGUGUGAAGAAAUUAAAAAUAUUGAUUCAAAUCCAUUUUAUGGAAUGAAAAUCGAUGAUGCAAGUAUUUUGAAUCGCCUUGAGGGUAGAAGCCCUUGUCCCAAAUGUGGAAAGUCAAGAAAAUAUUUUUGUUAUACUUGUUAUGUACCAGUAAAAGAACUGGAAGGACUCAUACCAAAAUUAAAAUUGCCAUUGAAAAUAGAUAUAAUAAAGCACAAAAGAGAGAUUGAUGGAAAAAGUACAGCUAUUCAUGCAGCAAUUUUAGCUUCAAACGAUGUCCAAAUAUACACAUACCCCGAUAUACCCAACUAUACUGAAGAAGAAAAAACAGUUCUAAUUUUUCCAAGUGCUACAUCAGUUCCCAUAAGUGAUAUAUUCAACGACAAUUAUAAAAAACGUAAUCCUGAUGAAGGAUUACAAAAAGGAUAUCAUUAUGGAACCAUGUUACGAUCACCGAUAUUCGAAACCAUUACAGAUAAAAAUCAACAAAGUAUGAGUGAAUUACCUAUUACAAAAGCUGUCUUUAUCGAUAGUACUUGGAGUCAAAGUAGAGGAAUCUAUCAAGAUUAUAGAAUACAAAAACUUAAAUGUGUAGUAUUACAAAAUAGGAUCAGUCAAUUUUGGAGAUACCAAAAAGGCAGUCCUAGAUGGUAUUUAGCAACAAUAGAAGCUAUUCAUCAAUUUUUAUUAGAAUUGCAUAUUCUUAUGUGGGGUGUUAGUGAUAAAUAUUUAGGUUUACAAAAUCUUGGAUUAGGAACGAAGCUUGAACAUUAUUCUAAACAAGAUGUUAUUGAUAAUUAUACAGGUCAAUAUGAUAAUUUAUUAUUUUUCUUUAAACAUAUGUAUGACAUUAUUCAUAAAUUAUAUGAACAUGAUGCACUUAAAUCUUACAAACGACCAAUAUUUUAA